GCCGCCACCCCCUACCUCAGCCCGGCAGUGCCAUCCAAAAUCUAGCUAGCUCAAGAGCUAUCCAGCUCAAGAUCGAGGCUCGGCCACAGGCAGCCAUGUGCUGCAGCGAGUGCGGCUGCUACGACGCAUUCUGCGACCGCUGCUGCCCCUGCGUCUCCUCCGGCGCGCGCGACACCAUCCUCUGCUGCGCGUGCUGCCUCGCCGUCCUCGCCGGCGUCGUCCUCCUCCUCGUCCUCCUCUUGGCCUACUGCUUCAUCCGCCACGCCGAGGUCGCCGUCGUCGACGCCUCCCUCACGCGGCUCGCGCUGGCCACGUCCCCGGCCACCGCCUUCGCCUACAACCUCUCGCUCACGCUCACCGUCCGGAACAGGAACUGGGCCAUGAGCGUCAGGAACACCCAGCCGCUCGAGGCCGACUACAGCUUCGACGGCCAGCGCUUCGAGCGGGUCAGGCUCGCCGACGAGGGCUCCACGCACCCCGCUGGCAAGACCCAGGUGCACCACCUCGUCUCCGGCUCCGACGGCGCCUACGUCGCGCUCGGCAACGCCGGCGUGGCCGAGUUCAAGGGGGAGAACAAGACGGGGGUGUUCCAGGUGGAGGUGGCGCUGUCGGGCGAGGUCAGGUACCAGGCGCACUUCACCAAGUGCAAGUUCCAGGCCAAAUGCCCGCUCAAGCUGCAGCUCGCGCCGCCCGGCACGCCGGCCGUCGUCUUCGAGAAGGUCAAGUGCAAGCUCGCUCCGGCGUGCAGGUACUGCUAGUGAUUGGCACGAUUGGUGGCUAGUGAUUUCUGUCGGUAGAUUGGGAGGACCAACUGCAGGUAGAUUAGAUUGUCCCCAUCGGUAUGCACUUAUUUUCUUCUGAAGUUUUCUUGCGGGUAGAUCAGUCUUUCAGCAAAACACUUAAUUUAUGGAGUACUCAAACCUAACAUCUAACAGCAACUGCAAACAUUUCAAUCCUAUAUUCGACAAUGAAUCAUGGAUGUAGCACAUCAUAACAGCCAAAAAACUUCUGAGGAUCAUGUUUAUCUUGAUAAUCAUACUAAAAUGGCCGUAUGCAUCUCUACUUUGUGCAGAGGUCGGGGGAGUGAAAUUCUCCCCCAUUUUUAAUGGUGUCAGGCAGCUUCGGCUUUUCUGGCAUGCUCGCCGUCCCCCGCGUCGCCCCCCGCUAGGGCGGCUCGGGCGGAACCCUAACCCCCACCGCCGCCGGGCUCCACCAACCUCUUCCUUCCCUUCGCCGCCAUUGGAGGAGGUCGCCGGGCGAUGGCGGCGGAACAUGGCCGGUGGCAGCGGCGAUGUUCUGUCUGGAUCCCGAGGCGACGGCCCUGGAUGGUGGUGGCUGGUGAAGCUAGGGCUUCCCGCGGCGGCAUGGCGUGGUGCAGUCCCUUUCUAAGGCGGAUCUGUGACGGCGAUCUGAUCUAUGGAUUGGUUCGGAUCAGAGACGGUGACGAGCGCGCGGGAUCCAUCUCGGCGGCUCUCGCGGCUUGGCGAGGCGGGGUGGGAACCCUCCUCCUAGGCUCCAGUGGUGGCACACUCAGGCAGUGGCCGGUACGCCAGGGCUCCUACGGUGGCACUACUGUUGCGGUUGGUCGCCAAAUCUAGGCGGCUAGAUCUGAGUCUUUGAAGGCGGUCGAGACGGUGCACAGGUUGUCGGGUGGAUUACUUGGGACUGAUCCGGGUGAAAACCUGGUCUUUGGUCGAUGGCCGGAGCCGGUGAUGACGAUGCCCUUAUCAUCGUUUCCUUCAUGAAGGCAUCAUCGAGGUGAAGCUCCCAACUCCACUCAACACCUCCGGAGAAAACCCUAGAUCAGCUGAUCGGAUGUUGGCGGCAAUCAUGUGUUGUUACCUCCUUGGGGGCGGCAUUCUUGGAGGUGCACUCAGCCUCGCGGGACUAGCGGACGACUCUUUGGUGGAGCGGUGCUUCAUCCUACACAUUGAUGGCAACGGAUCUCGACGGCGUGGCGCAGUGCAGAUUCAGCGUUUGAUGUGGGAGGAUGGACUCGCGUGGGAUGUUGGCGUCGAUGGCAGAGAGACCUGGCAUGGUAGAUACAACAGUACAACUCUAAAGAUGGAUUGGUGGCAGGUGGCUGCGGCGGCCUCAUACCCGGUAGGCGUCCUGGUUGAGGAGUGCGCCGGACUGGUAGGUGCCC